GCGUCUGCGCCAAUUUUUGUUUGAUGCCAGUCGCUCGCAGGCAGGUGCGUGGAGCGCGCGUGCGUUAAACAACUUUGUGCAACAGCUGAUUUUGGCGCCAACGCGAUCUUACACACGAUCGAAACAUAACAUAAAAAAAUUGUUAAUAAAUUCAAGUUUUACAUUAGCACUGUGUUAGUGUAAAGUGUACAAAGACUAAUGAAGAUGACAGUUAAUCGAAUAAGAGUUGUGGUGCUCGGCAGCGCACGUUGCGGGAAAUCGGCCGUGGUGGUUCGUUACCUAACAAAGCGUUACAUCGGCGAAUACAGCUCUACCGGCGAUUUCCUGUAUCAGCACAGAGUCGCAUUCGAUGGCGCGACAUCCGAAGUGGAGAUUUUAGAUUCGUGUGGUUGCGCGAAACGCGGCUGUUUAGCUGAACAUCUCCGAUGGGGCGACGCUUUCGCGAUAGUGUAUUCCGUCUGCGACCGGCGGUCGUUCCUCGCGGCUGCAGAGCUCCUUGCCUUGCUGGAACGGACUAGACUACCCGGUUGCUCUGCUGUGACGUUGUUAGGAAAUAAGCGGGACUUGGAACAUGCGAGAGUCGUGAAAGCGGAGGAGGGUCAGGAGCUGUCGCUGCGGUUCGGGUGCCAGUUCUACGAGGUGUCUGCGGCGGAGUCGUGCGCGGGCGCGGCGCUCGCCUUCCACGCGCUGCUGCGCGAGGCGCGCGCGCUCGCGCUGCUGCUGCCCUCGCCUCGGCGCAAGCUCGCCGCCUAUUCGGUUUCUAAAGUAAUCGGCUCCAUCCUUGGGCUAAGCAACAAGAGCGUCCGGAAGAAACGUCCAUCCCUGAGCAUAUGAAGCAUUGGUUUGUACUUCGCGGAUCUUGUUCACUCCUGGAGGAGUUUGUUCACCGUCUACGGCAGGCAUGUCUCGAUUGAGAGAUGAAAAAGGAAUUUCUGGACAGAUAAAAGAUGCCAGCGCAAGCAGAAUGCAUUGAUGGAAAACUCUGUACUUUAUAAUAACA